AUGAGUGAUUGCAAGCCUGUGUCAACUCCCAUAUCCACAUCCACGAAGCCUUUUGAUUCAGGGGGUGAUGCCAUGCCCAAUCCAACUGAUUAUCGAUCUAUUGUUGGGGCCCUACAGUAUGUUACACUCACUAGGCCUGAUGUUUCCUUUACGGUUAAUCGGGCAUGCCAGUUUAUGCAUUCACCUACUAUUGCCCACUGGCAGCUUGUCAAGAGGAUUCUGCGCUAUUUGAAAAGCACCCGAACUCAUGGGUUGCUGUUUGAUCGUUCCUCAUCUAGGUCUCUUCAGGCAUUUUCUGAUGCAAAUUGGGCUAGAGACAGUAUAGAUCGGAAGUCCAUAGGUGGAUUUGCUAUUUUUCUUGGACCUAAUCUUAUCUCCUGGACGUCAUGCAAGCAGCGCACUGUUGCUUGA